GCGGCUCCCGGCCCGCGUCCUGUCCCCCCGCGUCCCGGAGUGCGCGGAGCUGGGAGUGGCUUAGCCAUGGCUGUGAGGAGGGACUCCGUGUGGAAGUACUGCUGGGGAGUUUUGAUGGUUUUAUGCAGAACUGCGAUUUCCAGAUCGAUAGUUUUAGAGCCUAUCUAUUGGAAUUCCUCGAACUCCAAAUUUCUACCUGGACAAGGCCUGGUACUAUACCCACAGAUAGGAGACAAAUUGGAUAUUAUUUGCCCCAAAGUGGACUCUAAAACUGUUGGCCAGUAUGAAUAUUAUAAAGUUUAUAUGGUUGAUAAAGACCAAGCAGACAGAUGCACCAUUAAGAAGGAAAACACCCCUCUUCUCAACUGUGCCAGACCAGACCAAGAUGUCAAAUUCACUAUCAAGUUUCAAGAAUUCAGCCCUAACCUCUGGGGUCUAGAAUUUCAGAAGAACAAAGAUUAUUACAUUAUAUCUACAUCAAAUGGGUCUUUGGAGGGCCUGGAUAACCAGGAGGGAGGGGUGUGCCAGACAAGAGCCAUGAAGAUCCUCAUGAAAGUUGGACAAGAUGCAAGUUCUGCUGGGUCAACCAGGAAUAAUGAUCCAACCAGACGUCCAGAACUAGAAGCUGGUACAAAUGGAAGAAGUUCCACAACAAGUCCCUUUGUAAAACCAAAUCCAGGUUCCAGCACGGACGGCAACAGCGCCGGACAUUCGGGGAACAAUAUCCUCGGUUCCGAAGUGGCCUUAUUCGCCGGGAUAGCUUCAGGCUGCAUCAUCUUCAUCGUCAUCAUCAUCACGCUGGUGGUCCUCCUGCUCAAGUACCGCCGGAGACACCGCAAGCACUCGCCGCAGCACACGACCACGCUGUCGCUGAGCACGCUGGCCACGCCCAAGCGCAGCGGCAACAACAACGGCUCGGAGCCCAGCGAUAUUAUCAUCCCCCUGAGGACUGCGGACAGCGUCUUCUGCCCCCACUACGAGAAGGUCAGCGGGGAUUACGGGCACCCGGUGUACAUAGUCCAGGAGAUGCCUCCUCAGAGCCCCGCGAACAUUUACUACAAGGUCUGAGGGCCACCCUGGCGGUACCUGCUCCCGGAGGAGACCCCCGUCCCCGCGCGGCCCGCGGAGGGUCCCCGAGCCCGCGUGCUGGCGAACUGACGGCCGCACGGCCAGGGCCAGGGCGGCUCCUCCUCCACAGAGCCCGUGCAGCUGGACAGCUUACCUAGUCUGUAGUUUCGGCCUUGGUGGACACAGACACGCACUGGAAGCUGGAACCAAGGAGGAGGCUCUCGCGCAGACCAAGCCGUGAGUGGCGUCCCGGGCACGCGCCUAGGAAGGCGGCCUCGGCUGGGGGCACCUCCGCCCGGGCGUGGACUGCACUGUCAUAUGGACCUCGGGCUGAUGAAAGUUUUCAAAGAUCUCUAGAGUUUAGUCCUGUCUCACUCCUCCCGACAUCCAGGGCCCUGCAGCCUCUCCCCCGGAUUUCCUCCACUCCACGCCGCUUCACCCAGGGAACACAUCGUGCUAGCGUCCCCUGCCCCAGCCGUGCGCGACAACAGCUUCAGUCGAAUGGGUAGCGUGUCCAGAAAGGAUAUUUGCCCAUAAGGUGCCAGUUAGCCGGAUGCCAGGCCCUCAGCCCAGGAAGACUCGGGAGUUCAUGGAA